AUGGAAUCCGACAAGUUGAACGAGCUUAACAGGCAAAUUAAUGAGAUCAAGAAGAGGAUUUUACUGGCCGAGGGCCAGAAGACGGCCAAUGCGGCCGAGUGGCAGAAGCAGAAUCGCAUCAACUGCGACACCAUCGGCACUCUGAAGAAGGACCUCAAGGAGCUGACGGUGAAGGCCAGUCGACUGCGAAAUCCCCUGCAGCGGCCCAUGGUCAUCAAGGAGUCCAGCAGUGAGCCGAGGCGAGCCCAGAGCUGCACACCCACACUGAUUGUAGGCAAGGCCAUGUACCCGGUGGGGGCAAAAAACGCCGACGAUGCCAUCUUUCUGACCGACCUCAAGAUCACCGAGAACCGCAAGCAGAUGGACCUCCUGCGGCAUCGUUUCAAGUCGCGCCAACAGCACUUCAGCAAGCUGGUGGAGAAGUAUCGCGAGCUGCUGGCCAACAAGGAGGCCCAGAACCAGAAUCUGGGCGAGAAGCCACCCGAAACACUGGAGGAGGAUGCCAAUCGCAAGCUCGUCUGCCAGCUGGAGAACGAGAUACAUCGCACCAAUGUGCAGUGGAUGGAGGCGGAGCACAUCCGCAAGAAGUACCGCUCCAUAGAGGCUUCUCUGAUGAACGAUGCGGAGCGCUUCGAGCGCAGUCUGCGGGAGUUGGAGGCCUCGCUGAGCGACCAGAAGGCGGAGAUCGAGCGGCUCCAGCAAGUGCACAACGAGGCCCUUGAGAUGCGGGACGCGGCCAAGGUGGUUCUUACGCGGCAGGAGCAGCAGGCCAAUCUCUCUCAGAAGACCCGUGAGCGCCAGGCCCUGGACUUCCGCAAGCAGGUGGAGGCGCGCAAGCUGGAGCUCGAGAGGAUCGGGCGCAAGCUGUUCGCCGAAACCAAGACUCUUGUGCACCAGGACAGUGUGGGCUCCACGUCCGGCGAUCCGCUUGCGGCCAAGACCGAGAACGGGGACGAGGAGCCAGCCUCCCAGCUGGAGAGUGUGACCAGCGACAUGGAGUCGCUGUUCAAGCAGCUCAUGGAGGCAUCUGGAGCCACAUCGCCCCUCGAGGUCUUCGAGCGGUUUAGCGCCCAGAAGGAGUCCGCCGCCCGCCUUAACUAUCUGCGCAAGGCGGCCGAGGCCGAGAAGGCCAAUCUGGAGUCGGAUCGGGAGGCUCUAACCAGCGAGCUAGAAGCCUCCAAGUUCUCGGACGUUAAGGAGAGCGAAGUGAACCAGGAGAUCAUCGAGCAGAUCAAGAAUAGUAUUGCCGCAAAAGAACAGGAUCGCAAGCUGGAUACCGACGCGGCCGACAAGUCCAUGGGGGUGCUGAAGUACCUCAAGGAGCGGAUCUGCGAGAUGAUCUUCAAGGUGCAGGAGGUGGACGAGAGCAACAUCGAGCUGCCCGGCCGCAGGCUCCACUUGAGCGUCGCAGAGCUUCCCAACUUCCUCACCCACACCGCCCAGGAUGAGGAACUGAUUGAGAUACUAAAACUGAAGAUCAAACGCUGCCAGGAGCUGAGCAAGUCGGAGGAUGUGCCGCCCUUCGAGAUGCCCAAGCUGGACAUUGGUGAGCAGGAGGAGGAGGAGGAGCUGUACACGACCGAGCCACCAAAGUCCCCAUCGGCACCCGAGGGCGAGAAGCCCCAGCCAAUGCCCCUUUGCUACUACAAUCUUUUUGCCGGUCGCGCCCAACGAGCCGCCGGCACGUCCUCUUCCUCACCAGAGCAGGCUCCCGCUGCGGUUGCCACCACUGACGACGACACCGAAGUGCCCUCCCGGAACUUCCUCAAGCGUCAGUCGGUGCUCAUCGUGGACUCGAAGUCCCGCCGGAAACCGUUUAGACCCACGCCAGGCGGAAGACGCAAGUAA